AUGGAAAAGGCCGAUUUAAAAAAGGAAAAGCUAGAAUAUGGCAUCGGUAUUCGCCAUCUUCAAAUGUUUUGUAUGGGACUCAACAUGAUAACACUAUUCAUCGUGAGAAGCAGUAUGGGAGUUGCAGUAUUGGCUAUGACGGAUAUCAGUAGACGGCGGGAUUCAAAAGUUGAGAUAUACGACUGGGAUAAAAAGACCCAAGGUCUUAUCUUAUCGUCUUUCUUCUGGGGAUACAUGGUGAUGCAAAUACCAGCUGGUCUUCUGUCAAAGAAAUUUGGUGGAAAACUCGUCAUACUUGUAGCCCUGGUUGUGAAUGGUUUUGUGUGUGGACUCCUUCCUUCAAUUGUGAGCAUUGGUGGCUGGCAGAUAGUAUGUGUGUGUAGAAUGCUUAUGGGGCUCACUCAAGCCUGUCUCUUUCCGGCAAGUCAUACUCUCCUGGGAAAAUGGCUGCCUGCGCAUGAACGUACUUCUUACACUGGUCUUGUUUAUGGAGGAUGUCAAUUAGGAAUCGUCAUAGCAAUGCCUGUGUCUGGCCUACUCGCUGCUACAGAUUUAGGCUGGAAGUUAAUAUUCUACGGUAUAUCAGCUCUCAUGUUCGUGGAAGCGGUUAUAUGGCACUUUUUUGCUGCCAGCUCUCCGGGAGAACAUAGACUUAUAACUUAUAAGGAAAGAGAGUACAUUGAGAGCGAUUUGAAUUCCGGUGGUCCAAGUAAUCUCCGCACUCCCUGGCUAAAUAUUUUGAAGACCCGCGGAUUUUGGGGAACUCUUGCAGGGCAUAUUGGUUCAUCUGUUGUUUACAUGCUGUUUUUCGUGGAUAUGCCUACUUACCUAGAGAAAGGCUUGCAGAUCAGUUUAACCAGUAGUGCAUUCCUAUCAGCUCUACCAUACAUAGGAAUGGUCGUUGGCAACGUGGUGUCCUCUAUUUUGUGUGAGAAAAUGUACAACAAGGGUGUUUUUAGAUUAGUCACAUUACGAAGACUGUUCAAUAGUAUUGGUGUGGCUGGAGUGACCGUAGGUCUAUUAGCUCUCUCGUUUGCGAAGUCAGACAGCAAGGCUUUAGCUGUCGGGAUGCUUACUGUUACCCUAUCUCUAUGUGGGUUUGUAUCCGCUGGGUUUAUGAUGAGUCAUCUAGAUCUUUCCCCGAAUUACGGCGGAGUAAUGUUGUCCGUUACCAAUUGCAUCACAUCCGCUGGUGCCGUUGCGAUACCGAUCACAAAUAGUUUUAUCUUAAGAAAUGACCCUACAGAUGUAGGGCGAUGGCGUGUCGUAUUCUUCGGAACAGCUGUAGUGGGUGUCAUUUGUAACGUUCUUUAUGUGCUGCUUGUGAGCGCAGAUAGACAGGAGUGGGAUGACCCCAACUACUUGGAUAAACAGAAGGCUGACCCGGAGGAAAGACAACCAGCAUUGAAGUCAAAGGAAUUUGAAAUGAAACAACUCGAACGACGAUAA